AUGGCAUUGCAAGAUGAUGAUCCUCACGAGAGACAGAAUGAGACUGCCGACCUAGGGCAGUACCUCUCAGAUGCCUAUGGACCAUGUCUUUGCGAGCCGACUCCUUCCACAACAGGCUGCCAUCACACGAACAUAUUCGGUCCAAGAUCCUCCCCAGGAAGACCUCGGCUAAAGAGGGGUCAGGAGAACAACGUCCUCAUAUACUCGGGCUGCUUCAAUCCGCCGCACCUGGGCCAUUACAGUCUCCUCCGACGGGCAUUCGAAGGCAGCCAAGAUCUCAACGUCAUCGCUGCCGUCGUAUAUCCGUACUGGACUCACGACGGUGGCAGGCUCAAGUUUGAAGACAUGUGGAGUCGUGUUCUGGGAGCAGUCAAGCGAGACGGCUUCAAUCUCAAGUUCAUUGAGGUAGCAGGACCUGAUCACGUCGUUCCCACGCGUGUAUUCCAGCCGUUUGAGUGGGAUUUCGAAAUCUACAGAACUAUCUUGAGCAAUGCUGGCAGAGAGUUUGAUCUUCUUCAACCUGGAGGGCAGAUCGAGAGAAUGCGUGGAUAUGGGUACUGGGAGGAUGCCAUUGACUAUACCAAAGCUGCGAAUCCAAAAAACAACUAUCCAGACUCGGAGCACGAGAUGGUCGAGGACAUGGAGCGAACCAUUGUCAGCAAGCCUCGCUUUACGCUACCCUCACCCCCAUCGACCGUCGGGGCAAAUGCACAGCCAAAUGAAGACACGGACAACGAACCAGUCGCAGUCACCGACGCUCUCUCUGAAACAUGCAUAUCAGAAAACGAUGCUGGUUCAUAUAAGAAGACGGAACACGGAAGCAACAUUAUUGUUCCCGAGAGACGGAAAAUCAAAGUUUGCCGACGAAUUGGCGACUCGGAAACUUGGGUUCGCUUCGUUCCAGCGGAUGCCACGCCCUUGACAUUCAGCUCAACCCGGAUUCGGCGUAUUCUGGAAGGAGGCUUUCCGAAGGAUGGGCAUCUGGCGGGAACUAGUUGGACGCGAAGUAUGCUGGAGGACGAGGCCCUUGAUAGUGUCAAGGAAAUGGUCCUGCAUCCGGAGGUACUGGCAAGGAUUAUGCUUCAACGACAUGGAAUUCAACGACUUGACGAGGCUUGA